GAAAGCAGCCAAACAUCUCGCCUCAUUCUUUACAUUAAAGCCCGUCUAUUUCGAUAUUUAUAGCCCAUAUAUAAAUAUAACUUUUGGAAUUUGUAGACAACCCAGUGUAGUGCAUUAUCUGAACAAAGCAGCCUCAUCCUGACCGAGCAUCCGCCAGCAUUUCGGAAAUAACCAAGCAGUUGUUACACUCCCCGAGCGCAAGGCUUGCAUCGUGGCUCUUUCAGAAGCGGCAUGUUCGAGGGAUACUGCCGGCACAAUUGAACUCCUGCUUUCACCCAAAGAGGAUUCAAUGAAAAUGUCCGUGUGCGUCCAUGAGAACCGAAAAUCACGAGCUAGCACCGGCUCUAUGAACAUCUACCUGUUCCACAAGUCCUCUUAUGCUGACAGUGUCCUCAUGCACCUUAACUCACUGCGGCAGCAAAGGCUGUUCACAGACGUCCUGCUUCAUGCUGGUAACCGCUCCUUCCCCUGCCACCGUGCUGUGCUGGCUGCCUGCAGCCGCUACUUUGAAGCCAUGUUCAGUGGUGGGCUGAGGGAGAGCCAGGCCAGCGAGGUCGACUUCCGUGACUCCAUCCACCCGGAGGUUUUAGAACUCCUGCUGGAUUACGCAUACUCUUCACGUGUGGUCAUCAACGAGGAGAAUGCAGAGUCACUGUUGGAGGCUGGGGACAUGCUAGAGUUUCAGGACAUCCGGGAUGCCUGCGCUGAAUUCCUAGAGAGGAACCUUCACCCAUCCAACUGCCUUGGCAUGCUGUUGCUGUCUGACGCUCAUCAGUGCACCAAGCUGUCAGAGCUCUCCUGGGGCAUGUGCCUCAGCAACUUUCCCGCUAUUUGCAAGACAGAGGACUUCCUCCAACUGCCCAAAGAUAUGGUGGUGCAGCUUUUGUCACAUGAGGAGCUGGAGACAGAGGAUGAGAGACUGGUUUAUGAAGCUGCCCUUAACUGGAUCAACUAUGACCUGGAAAAGAGACACUGUAGCCUUCCGGAGCUCCUGAGAACAGUCCGCCUGGCCCUGCUGCCUGCCAUCUUUCUCAUGGAGAAUGUAUCUACAGAAGAGCUGAUCAAUGCCCAGGCCAAGAGCAAGGAGCUGGUGGAUGAAGCUAUCCGGUGUAAGCUGAAGAUCCUGCAGAAUGAUGGCGUCGUUAACAGCCCGUGUGCUCGGCCAAGAAAAACCAGCCAUGCCCUCUUUCUUCUGGGAGGGCAGACUUUCAUGUGUGACAAGUUGUACCUGGUAGACCAGAAAGCCAAAGAGAUCAUCCCCAAAGCUGACAUCCCCAGCCCAAGGAAAGAGUUCAGCGCCUGCGCCAUCGGCUGUAAGGUGUACAUCACUGGUGGGAGAGGCUCAGAGAAUGGCGUUUCCAAAGAUGUGUGGGUCUAUGACACCGUCCAUGAGGAAUGGUCAAAGGCGGCACCAAUGCUCAUUGCCAGGUUUGGCCAUGGCUCUGCAGAGCUGAAACACUGCCUCUACGUGGUAGGAGGUCACACCGCAGCGACCGGCUGCCUCCCGGCCUCUCCGUCUGUAUCACUCAAACAGGUGGAGCAGUUUGACCCCGCGGCAAACAAGUGGACCAUGGUCGCUCCUUUGAGAGAGGGUGUGAGCAAUGCAGCAGUGGUCAGUGUCAAGCUCAAGCUCUUUGCCUUUGGAGGAACCAGCGUCACCCAUGACAAGCUGCCCAAAGUGCAGUGCUACGAUCCACAGGAGAACCGAUGGACUGUGCCAGCCUCCUGCCCACAGCCGUGGCGCUACACAGCCGCUGCUGUGCUGGGGAACCAGAUCUUUGUCAUGGGUGGGGACACAGAGUUCUCAGCGUGCUCGGCUUAUAAGUUCAGCAGUGAGAGCUACCAAUGGACUAAAGUGGGCGACGUGACAGCCAAGCGGAUGAGCUGCCAGGCUGUGGCAUCAGGGAACAAACUGUAUGUGGUGGGCGGGUACUUUGGCACACAGCGGUGUAAAACUCUGGACUGCUAUGACCCCACGCUGGAUUCUUGGAACAGCAUCACUACUGUGCCAUACUCGCUCAUUCCCACUGCUUUCGUCAGCACCUGGAAACAUUUGCCUGCUUGAGCCCCAAACCCUCUACCUACACCCUUUCCAUGAGAUUUUCCCGUUUUGCAUCAUCUACUGGACUCCAACUGUGAAGAAGCACACAUCAUCCUCCUCUAAAAGAGACACUGAGCAGUGAUGUACAGACACCCGCAUUCAUCUUGAUGCUGCAAAGAUGCAGAACCAGAAGCACGUACAGCUGGACACUUUACUGGAAUGAUGUCAUGUCUCGUUUUUGAGAAGGAAGCGGAGACAUACAGUGCAGUAGCUCACGCAAACAAACCAAACAAACUGCUGCUUGUUGUAUGAGGCACAAACUCGCCUCGUGUACAUCCGGCAUAUCAGGCUUUCAUGCUGCCAUAUUAGGGCUGCAAACAUAUCACACUAUCUGCAUUUUUCCCAUUUAGUCAUGACUGGCUUGUGAGGAUAUGUAUUGAUGUUUUUCUCUAUGACAAAAAAAAAAAAAAACUCUUUUCACGGAGACUGCAAUGUAUAGCAUGGUGGAUGUUCUAUUUAGAUUGAAUGAGGGAGAAUGCAGUGAUUGGUGUGCUAUAGAACAGAAAGCAACUCAGUUUGACUGAGUAUAGCUGAUUUAUAAAAGGUACAGUGAAGGAGCAAAUCUCCCUCUUCUUUCCUCUAAUAAGCUCUUUUUGUUUGACCCCUUAUCCUUUUCCCCCUUCUUUCUAAGACAUGCUUCUAACAGCUCUAACACAGAAACAAACCUUUGAGUGUUCCUCCUAUGAAGGCUUUGGCAGUUUGCUGUCACUAAAAUCCAUGAGGUGUUGAUGACAAACACCAGCUGAGGUUGAGGAGGAUGGAAGGGGUCUAUGCGUGGCCAAGGGGAUCGAGGUGCCUCGGGGUCACGACCUUACGUGUUUGCUGUUUUGCAGCUACGCAUUAAAGCUGGCUAAGCGCAGGAUAACUAACCCACUGUACACAGGGUUGGUAUUCAGUGUUUGGAUUCAGCACUGUCACAUUAAACUGUCCUCUUAAUGCUGUAAAAGUCCGGCUGUGCUUCUGUUAUUCUGAUAAAAGCAGCGGCUCGCUUGCUGAGUCAUAGCCUUUUUUAGAGCAUGUCCACUCAUAGUGAUUCAGUAAAACCGGCAUGAACUCUUCUCUGUGGUCACAGAAAUAUUGUCACCUUAACCUAAACUGAGAAUUAAUCAAUUUCUUUUUAAACUUGCUGCAAUGUAGUCUUAAUUUAUAUGACAAUGAUUAUGUCAAUAUGUUUAAUCCUAUUUAUUUCUUCUCUGCCGCCUGCAUUCUUAUGUGAAUGUAUGUUUGGGUUAUGUCGUGCAUGGCCAGGUGUUGUGUUUUAUUGGAUCUCAGUUGGGCUGCAUUUUGCACAAUUCAGUCUUUCCCAGGAGGAGCUUGUACUUUUAAAAGAGAUGGAGGUGUGCCUCUUCCAGGGAUUUCAUUUAUGUCAGAAUAUCGAUGGAAGUGGAAGAAUGGGGGUCGCUGUUGAAAUAAGACUGAAGACUUACCGGGGGUUGAAAGAAAUAUCAAUUUGACUUCUGAUAUAUUCUCUUUAAGCUCCAAACCUUAAAUCAUCUUGUUGGUGCCGAAAUUGUAUUCAACAAAACAAGAUAGGAACCAUAAAACCGAUAAGGCUGCUGGAAUGAUGCAGUAAGUGACCCAGUAAAUAUCAGGGAACAUCACAGAGUAACCCUGACAUGGUUAAGAAUGCAACAGUCUCUGCAGCUGUUCUUGGGACAGCUGCAGAGACUGUCACAUGUGCUAACAUGGCUCUUUGGGGUGUUAACCCACAGUCUUCUUCACCAUUAGGUUGAGAAAGAGUUGAAUCCAGUAAUUGAUAAGGGCAGACACCGCAGUGCUUUUCACCAUAAUGUCAAUGAUGCACACACACACACACAAAAAAACAAACAUUGCAAGUUCCUAAAGAACAAAAAGAGAGAAUGUCUUAAACACUUGCAUAUGAAAUACUUGGUAACUUUAAUCGGUGUUUUUGUCUGUAUGUCUGUCUAGGUGACCUGAGCAUUGACGUUUUGCAGUUGAAUAUUAAUGGAAUCAUUGAAUUUCAAUGUAAGAGUUAAUGUUUUGGUGGAAUAUCUAUAUAUUUUUUCCAAAUGUCCUCCUCAUGGAUUCAUGAAAAAAAUCAAAUCUGUGUGGAUCAGUCGGUAAACAGCUCUGUAGAUUCCUGCUCAGCUCCUAAAGGCACACAAAAGUUUAUCCCUUUAUUUGCAAUUUCAGGACUUCUGUGGAGACCCUUAUGGCUCCAUAGUGUUGACCUCCUCCGACCACUGAACACAGAGCCCCUGGCCCUACCAAUCACAUAAGAGUGUUUCUUUCACACAGAUCCCAAGUUUCCCUGGCAACAGCAAGCAAUGAAUGCCCCUUCAAUUUGCACCUAAUUGCUGAGUGGCAUUUCCCAUUUCUACUCUUGCCCUCCUCUUGUCCUCUGUUUUAUCUGGAAAUCCAGCUGGCUCAGAUUGGAGCACAGUGUCUUGUUUCACAUAAUGAUGUAAAUUAGACAGAAAACACUGUCAGUGUGCAUCGGUUUCAUUUUUUGUUUGUCAUGUAAGAGUUUAAUUUCUAUUUUUUAUGGCAUCAUUUUGUACAUGUGAUUUUUUUCACAAUGUGAAAUUCAUGGCUAAUAAACAUUAAGAGUUUUUUCCUCUUGACUGUAAA